AUGGUUUAUUUGCGCUCGUGUGUUGCUUCUCGGCAUCGUCGGAUGACUACAACGCAGCUAAAAUGGCAGACUGUGUUUUUUAUUUUCUGUGUUUACGGGAUUGACUUCGUCUUUUGUCAAGCGCGAUAUUCCAUCCCGGAGGAGACUCCAGAGGGAUCAUUUGUAGGAAACAUCGCCAACGAUUUGGGAAUAGAGAUAAGUAGACUUGUUUCUGGGAAAGCUCGGGUUGUAACAAAGGGCGGCCGGCAAUAUGUCGAACUGAGCAGAGACAAAGGCACCCUGGUAGUGAAGGAGAGGAUAGACCGAGAGGAGCUCUGCAAGCAAACAACGCCCUGCAGCUUCAGCUUUGAUCUGAUCAUGGAAAACCCCAUAGAACUGCAUCGUGUUAUCGUUGAAGUGCAGGAUAUAAAUGACAAUGCACCAAAAUUUCCUAAAGGUACCGUUAGUUUACAAAUUAGUGAGAACACAGCAUCUGGGACUCGCUUUCCAUUAGACAGCGCUGUAGAUUUGGACGUCGGUGUAAAUGGUAUUGGAAGCUAUUCUCUCAGUCCUACCGAUCAUUUCAAGCUGAUAAAUGAUCAGGAGGUCGACAGAAAAAUCGUAGACAUGGUUUUGCAUCGUGAACUUGACCGAGAGGAAAGUAAUAAGCUAGAAUUAAUCCUCACUGCAUAUGACGGAGGAUCUCCUAAAAAAUCAGGCUCAAUGCGAAUUUAUAUUUCUGUAUUAGAUGCGAAUGAUAAUGCUCCGGUGUGUAAACAAUCAGUUUAUAAAGCGGAAGUGAAGGAAAAUUCUCCAAUAGGUACAGUCUUAACUGCAAUAAGUGCCACUGAUGCUGAUGAAGGUUUAAAUGGACUAGUGUCAUAUUUCUUUGCUCAAGCUAGUGAAGAAGCAAGGAGGCUUUUUAAAAUAAACUCAGAAACAGGAACUAUUACAACGUUAGACACUUUAGAUUACGAGACUGAAAAAAGUUAUGAAAUAAAUAUAAAUGCAGUGGACAACGGGGGGCUUAAAGAUACAUGUAACGUUAUAAUAGAAGUUAUUGAUGAAAAUGAUAACUCUCCCUCCAUACAGCUCAUGUCAUUUUCAAACACCAUCUCAGAAAAUUCUCCAAUCGGAACAACCGUGGCUGUUAUUAAUGUAGAAGACGCAGAUUCCGGUAAAAAUGGGCUCGUGCAGUGUAAAAUAAAUGAAAACAUACCGUUUAAAAUAGAAUCGUCGCUUUCUGAUUACUAUGCAAUAAUCACUGAUGAAACUCUUGAUCGAGAAAAUAUGGCAGAAUACAACAUAACCAUUCUGGUAUCAGAUCAAGGAAGUCCUGCACGACACAAUAACAAAACGAUAAAUGUAAAGAUUUCCGAUGUGAAUGAUAAUCCACCCGUCUUCAGUUCUGAUGAGUAUAAAACAGUAGUUAUUGAAAACAACUCUCCGGGUGUGGCUGUGCUGACAGUAAAAGCGAGCGAUGCUGACUGGGGCCCAAAUGCGCGACUGUCUUAUUUUUUGGACGAUAAUAAUAUACAGGGCAACCCAGUGAGUUCUUUCGUCUCAGUGAAUUCAGACAGCGGGGUUAUACAUGCAGUCAAGGCCUUUGAUUAUGAGCAAAUGAAAACUUUCAGCUUUAAUGUGACAGCACGAGACGGAGGGUCGCCUCCUUUAAGUUCUGAAGUCACAGUAACAAUCAUCGUUCAAGAUCAGAAUGACAACGGUCCUCAGGUUCUCUACCCAGUACAGACUGGUGGCUCUGUGCUGGCUGAGAUUGUGCCUCGUUCAGCAGAUGUCGGCUAUCUGGUCACUAAAGUGGUGGCUGUUGAUGUGGACUCUGGACAGAACGCCUGGCUCUCCUACAAACUCCACAAAGCCACAGACAGGGCGCUGUUUGAAGUGGGAGCGCAGAAUGGAGAGAUACGAACUGUGCGCCAGGUCACUGACAAAGAUGCUGUGAAACAAAAGCUCACUGUGCUUGUGGAGGAUAACGGACAGCCAUCUCGCUCCGCUGUAGUUAACAUCAAUGUAGCUGUAGCGGACACUUUCCCUGAAGUGCUCUCAGAAUUCACUGACUUUACGCACAACAAACAAUAUAAUGAUGACCUCACCUUUUAUUUAGUUUUAGCAUUAGCUGCUGUUUCUUUCCUUUUCAUCACAACUGUAGUGGUUAUAAUAUCAGUAAAGAUCUACAGGUGGAGACAAUCGCGCAUCUUCUAUCAGUCCAAUCUCCCAGUUAUUCCCUAUUAUCCACCCGGUUACGCAGACACAGGAGUUACUGGAACUCUGCCGCACAUGUAUAAUUAUGAUGCUUGUAUGACGACUGACUCGAGGAAGAGUGACUGUAAAUAUUCUACACUUGGAGGACAAAGUGUUUUAGUUGUGGACUCGAGUUUCACGGAAACGAUGCAGCGCGCGAUGAGAGAAAAACAAUUCCAGCAAGAACUAGAGUCACCAGAAGUGGUAAGGAAAUAACCUUUUAAUCGAUAGCAUAUCAACGUAUAUUUGAAAUAUGUCGUGAAAAAACCAAUAAAAGCUUUAUUUACUUUUUUAAAAAAUUUUAAUGUUUAUUUUUAGGCUAAGUAUUAGUUUAGAAAAGACGUGUGGGUAGUUAAAUUUAGAAUCACCGGAAGUGGUAAGGAAAUACCGGUUUAAUUCAAGGCAAUUUAACUGCCUUAAAGCAUAGACAAUAAAAUAGCAAUAAAACGGUUCCUUUUUGACUUUAAAUUUUUAAUUCAUUUAUUUCUUUCGUGGUGAGCAUGCUAAACGCACUUACACAGCUCAGUGUUUAACAUAUAAUGCUUAAACAUAAUUUGGGAAGAGAACUGCAGAUUCCAUUGCAAAACAUGACUAAUAUUGUUACUUAAUAACGUUUAAAAAAUGCUUUCAAAUUUUCCCUGUCUGCAGUUUCAUCUCUAAUUAACUUGCUUCACCUGAGUGACCUUGUUUAAUUUCUGGAGAAGUUUGUUGUGAAUGUAGAGC